AAAAUCAAAACCCAGCCCCUUUCCCCUUUCGACUCCACACAUGUCUGGAGCCUUUUCUGUUUAAAGUAGAAAUUAAUUAGAUCCAAUUGCAGAUCUACGUAGUCUCUGCUGCAAUGUCGAGAAAAUUUAUGAAGAUGAAGAUUCAAUUGGUUCCUCUGAUUCUGUUCUUCCUACAAAUGGAUAAUCUUUUGUGUUCAGAAGAAAGAUCGACUUACAUUAUCCAUAUGGAUAAGUCCUUUAUGCCAAUGGCAUUUUCCAGUCAUCACCAUUGGUACUCUUCGAUGCUCCAAUCUGUCAACUCUCAGACAUCCCCAAAGCUCCUCUACUCCUACGACAAUGCCUUCCAUGGAUUCAGCGCCGUCGUGUCGGAAACCGACCUCGAAACCCUAAAAAACUCGCCGGGAUUCCUUACAGCCUACGCCGACGGCCCUGUCUUCCCCGACACCACUCAUUCUUACAAGUUCCUGUCGCUGAACACCGCCGCCGGAUUAUGGCCGGCGUCGCAGUACGGACAAGACGCGAUCAUCGGCGUCGUGGAUUCCGGUAUAUUGCCGGAGAGCCUGAGCUUCAGAGACGACGGAAUGACGAAUAUUCCGGCACGGUGGCGCGGAAUAUGCCAGGAAGGGGAGCAAUUCAACUCUUCUUUAUGUAAUAAGAAACUGAUCGGAGCUCGGUACUUCAACGGCGGCGUUAAGGCGGCGAAUCCAGGGGUUACCAUUACAAUGAACUCCGCCAGGGACGAAUCCGGCCACGGCACCCACGUGGCGGCCACCGCCGCCGGAAAUUAUGUCGCCGGCGUUUCGUAUUUUGGCUACGCUUCGGGGACCGCCAGAGGAGUCGCGCCGCGGGCUCGGCUGGCCAUGUACAAGGUGCUGUGGAACGAGGGCAGCUACGAGUCAGACGCGCUCGCCGGAAUUGACCAGGCCAUCGCCGACGGCGUCGACGUCCUGUCGAUCUCGCUGAGCUACCGGCGGCGUGAGCUACACGAUAAUCCGUUGGCGAUCGCCGCAUUCGGAGCCCGGGAGAAAGGCAUUCUGGUUUCGAUCUCGGCUGGGAAUCGCGGGCCGGGCUUCGCGACGCUGCUCGAGGGAAUUCCGUGGGCGGUGGUGGUGGCGGCGGGGACGAUCGACCGGUGGCUCGCCGGGACGGUGAGUUUAGGAAAUGGUAGAAUCAUUACCGGAUGGACUCUGUUCCCCGGACGAGCCAUCGUCCGAAAUAUACGUCUCGUCUACAACGAGUCUUUUUCGUCGUGCUCUACGCAAGGCUCGCAAAUAAAUCAAUCGAGUCGAAUUCUCGUAUGCACUCUCUCCGAUAUCGAAUUCGAUAGCGUGAAAACCGUUACGAUGGACCCGUCCGUGCCGUACGUUGACGCGAGGAUUGUCAUUACCCAAGACGUCACCGAGCUGCGAUCGUUCACAUAUCAACGCCCCGGUGUGAUAAUAACCCCGUCGGAAGGGCGAGAAGUGAUCGAAUACAUAAAAAGUAGCGACAAUCCGACGGCAAGUAUAGAUUUUCAGCAAACCGUUAUUGGGGCGGAGCCGAGGGCUGCUCCGGCCGUCGCGGACUUCUCGUCGAGAGGGCCGGCGAGAAGCUACCCGGGCGUGUUGAAGCCCGACAUUAUGGCGCCGGGUGUUUUAAUCUUAGCGGCGGACAAUCCUGACUCGUUGCGAGCGCAAAUCGGCGUCACUUAUCUCGGGAGCGAUUUCACGCUUCGGUCGGGAACAUCGAUGUCUUGUCCGCACAUUUCGGGAAUUGCCGCGCUACUCAAAACCGCGCAUCCCAACUGGAGCCCGGCCGCAAUUCAAUCGGCGAUGAUGACUACCGCAAGCGUACUCGAUAACACCGACGAGCCUAUUAAGGACUCGGGAUUGGACUACCGAGUCGCCAACGCUCUCGACAUGGGAUCGGGCCAAGUUGAUCCAAACCGCGCGCUCGAUCCCGGGCUCGUGUACGAUGCCUCAAUCCAAGACUACGUAAACCUUAUUUGUUCGAUGGACUUAACGUCCGAACAACGACGAACAAUCAUCCGAUCGAGCUAUAAUUGCUCGAACGCAUCCUCGGACAUAAACUAUCCGUCGUUCAUUGCUCUCUACGACAGUCAGGAAAACGGGACUAAAUUGACGAAGGAGUUUCGGAGGACGGUCACGAAUGUGGGCAACGGUCCGACGACGUAUCUGGUCGAAGUCGAAACACCAAGGGAAUCGACGAUCGAGAUUUCUCCAAUGACAUUAACGUUCGCGAAAAAAUACGAGAAGCGAAGCUACACGAUGACUAUCCGUUACCGGAGUUACAGUCCGUCGGAAACGAACUCUGGCGCGAUCACGUGGAUCGACGGCUCCGGAAAGCACAGAGUCAGAAGCCCGAUUGUGGUCACUACGACAGUUAGUAUUUACGAAUGAUCUCUAUGGGGGAUGGGAUCUUUCUAUCCUGAUCAAUCACUUUUCGUUAUGUCUCUAUUUGAAUAGGUAGUUUUUCCGCCAGGUUAAUAUACUUUUUAUUAUAAUUUUAUUAAUAUUUUAACUUAAUUAAA